AUGGUGCAUACGAGGGAUAGCUCCAUGGGCCAUACGCGGGCCAGUUCUUUAGGCAACAACUCGAUACGACACGAGAGAUUCACACCACACGAUGGUCGGCGCGAGUUCUCUGGCGGGACCUUCUUUCCGGGCGAAUACACAACCGUGGCUAAUGACGAGACGGAGAUGUCCUUGGAAGACGUUCGGAAGAGCACCAUGGAUGCGGCCGAGUCACGCUACAAAAUGUACGGCGAUCUCUACAAACAGCAUCUUGACAAAAAGGAAGCCGAGACCAGCAGCGAGCUGCCACCGAAGAAGAUGCCGAGACGGAGGAGGAAGGAGCCCAAGCCGAAACGGAAGAAGAGGGAGCACAAGCCGAGGCGACCGAAGAGAAAGGAACGGACUUCGAAGGGACGUUUUCGAAGAUUCAUUGCCAAAGUACUCGGAGGAAAUACUGAGAACAUGGAUACUCCGAAGAAGGAGACCAAGGAGAAGAAGGUGAGCAAGGUGAAGAAGAUUCCGGACGAGGAAAAUGAAGACAAGAACAUGGACGGAAAGAGACGCAGGACGGAGGAGUGGGUUCAAAGUGUGGACAUGGAACACGGGACUGACAGUGAUCUGGCACCUUGGCAGGGCCCAGAGGACCAGUAG